AUGACCAUCACUCCCGACGAGGCUUGGAGCCUCGCCUGCAGGCGCUGCGACGCCCUCGUGGCGCGCCAUUCGCAGCUCUCCUUCAUCCUGGAGAACGCGACGGGUGUACACCUUACGCUGGACAAAACCCUGCUGCACAAUGAGCAGCUCGGCGAGAGCUGGCGCGUCUCCAGCCACUCGGGAGUCCUCCCAGCGCUUCAAUUUACCAAGAUCCGCACUAAAAACGCGUUCAAGCGACAGCGUCUGCCCUUCGAGUUGUGCUGCGUCCACUGUGACGCUAAAGUGGCAUCUGAGGGGUUCCUGGAUGAACUGCCGGACGAGUCAAUGCUGUUGCUGGACUCCAAAGCCUGUUCUUGUGUGCUGGACAAAAAAUUCCCGUACGGGAUGGCUGGGGGUCCCACAGCGCGGAAAUGGGGGCUUCUUCUGAAACAACUACAGGAGAUGCAGCUUCCUCUUAAGAUUUUUAAAGUUCAAGAGUUGGUCGGCGAGGAGAGAGUCCAGAACGUGCAGGAGACAGAGGUGCUGUCCGUGGUGCAUCCCACGGUAGCCACGAUUCGAAGCCACUUCAACCCCAAGGCGAAGAUGUCCAAGUUGAGACGGUAUCAAGUGGAGCUGACGAUCUCGGCGUUGCUGGAGAACACGAUCGUGUAUCUACCUACUGGUUGCGGUAAGACGUUGGUGGCAAUCAAGGUGCUGGAUGAGAUGAAGUAUCUGAAUCCGAACAAGUUGGUGGUGUUCUUUGUGCCCACGGGGCCGUUGGUGUCGCAACAAGCUGCGUAUAUCCGACGCGAGUCGGGUUUCCGGGUGAAGGGGCUGUCUGGGCAGCAUGGACGCACUGCGGCGGCAACAAGUGACCCGAUUGAAACCGAUGGAGAUGUUGAUGCUCUGGUGGUGACGCCUCAGUACUUUUUGAAUUUGCUGUUCAACAACCGCACAAAGAUCACGGAUUAUUGUGUGAUGGUGUUCGACGAAGCACACCACGCUACUGGAAACCAUCCGUACUGUGAGUUAUUGCAAAAGGUGGCAACAGUUGAUCUGCGAACUCGACCACACAUCCUUGCACUGACGGCCUCGCCAUUCGGGGAAGGAGUGCGCGAGACAUCAGGCCAGACAGCGCUGAACAAACUUGCCCAAGUAUUCAACGCUGUGGUCAAUGCCCCAACAAUCGCCGCAGAAGACCUGGAGGCAAGUUUUAUCCCGAAGGAAGCGCAAUGGGUCACUGUACAGGAAACCGAGCACGAACGCAAGCUUCGGGAAGGAAUUAAGCGCUACAUCGAGUCGUUUUAUACGCAGGUUAGAAGAUUGAUGAACGGACAAGUGAUGCCAUUCGAGACGAACUAUGACACGGAUGACAUGGAGCUGUCCCAGUUCCUAGCAAAACUGCGGAUCUUACGGGGACAAGCAGAGAAGAUGGCGACGGGAAAUAAUGCUGACGUGAAGAUGACUGGAGUCGAGAAAAGUAAACGACCAUUGUCCGAUCUUGAGUUGAUUUUCAAGCAUUUGCUGAAAGUGGCAUCAUCCUUUUACAACUUAAGUAUUCACGGUGCUGCAACUGUUGCUGAAGCACUGCGUCGCAUUUUCAGCGAACUGGAAGUUGCAGAAACCAAGAAGGGGAAACGUACUUUUGUGCUGGUGGAGCCAGCAUAUCGUGCUAUCAUGAGUCCAGCACUGGUUAACUUUCCUCUCGAAACGUUUACUGGGACGGACAUCUCCAAUCGUGUCCAUCUUGUUGCCGAGUGCAUUCGAAGGGCUCACUUCGACCACAAUUCACGUGCAAUUGUGUUUGUCCGCCGUCGUAAAACUGCGAUUCUGCUGGCUAAGGCGAUGGAAGCGUUGGAUGUGCUGCGCGAGCUCAACCCCACGCGUUUUGUUGGACACAAUUCGUAUGAAGGUAUGUCGUGGGAAGAGGAGCAGCGACCGACGUUGGAUCGGUUUCGACAAGGGCGCAUUCGUCUCUUGGUUGCUACUAACGUGCUCGAGGAAGGCCUUGACGUGCCGGAAUGCUCCUUGGUUAUUCAAUUCGAUGGGGUGAUUGGAGUCACGAGUCUCAUUCAAAGUCGAGGUCGAGCGCGUCACCGAGACAGCUCGUUUAUCAUCUUCUGCUCAGCAGUGGGGAACGAGCGCAACCAACGACUUGUGGAGAAUGAGAAACGACUGGUGUUGAUGGCUAACAAGGCUGCUGCUAGACUGACGUCCAAAGCUACUGUGGAGGAGUUAAUGGACAGUUAUUCAGAAGACGUGGUUGUUGAUUCUUCAGUUGGUGCGAGUGGAGAAACAUCGGCGUUGGCUGCUCGGGCAAUAUUUGACGCAAUGGCUGAGAACGCGUACAACAUCGUUCUAGGUGGCGUAUUUAUCGGUGCUGACAAACAGCUGCAACAGGAUAUCCUGGAACGGAUUAGUGAGUUUGCUUCAGUCAGAAGAGCAGAUGAGGCCAUUGGACUAUGCACUGUUGCCGCAUCUCCUGAUCAAAACAUCUAUUCGUCCUACAACUCGCUGUGCUCCAGCGUCGACUUCUUCAUUCACGAACAAGCGCUCUGGAUGCGCUUUGAAGCUGAUGACAUCGAGAGAGCAGCGAGCAGGACGGUCGCCGAAAACAUCCCUAAAGUCGGACUGCAUCGUGGAUUGAUGACUCCAGAAGGUGCUUUUAUGGAACUCGAGAGCUUUGGCGACGUCAAUAGGUCACCGGGUGACAUUGAGAUGGCAGCAGAUGCGCUAAUCGCAGAUUUUGGCUAUCGCCGUGUGGAGUUCGAUUUGCGAGCGCUGAACGAGCCGUUAGUGUGGUUUGAUUUGACUCCUUCGGCUGGAAGCGCUGCGUCUGUGUACCUUUCAUUUCGACUACCUCCUUCGUGUUACAUCGAAGAAGAGCGUGAAUGCAAGGGGUGCCAGUCACAAGCGCUUGUUUAUCGCUUAAUAUUGCCUCGCUCGGAUCAGUUAUCUACUCACGUAUGGAAUCUUCGCGUGUUUUUCUCGAAGCUUGGGAUCGAAGUCCGCGAAACGAAGAUACGGAAGGCAGACGGAAGAAGUACGCCUCCCACAAAAUUACAUUUUGCGUUUCCAGUAGCGUAUGCUCUGCAAUGUCUCCUAUCCGACUGCAGUUACUUCACGAACGGAUUCCUGCCACCUGCUUUUUAUGACGUUUUGACUGAACUUGACGAGAACGUCCAAGAAAAAGCACUUUUAUCUUUUCGCGCGCAUCCGAGUGAUAGCAGUAUUACGGAUCAGUUUUCGAGCUACCUGCAAGAUGAGCGUUCCAUGCUGGAGGGAUUAUGCACCAGCCCGUCCUUGAAUCCAGGCUCAAUUGUAUACGAGGUCAUUGUGACACCUUCAAGGAUCGUGUAUUGUCCGCCCGAUCCAGCGCCGAGCAAUCGUGUGUUUCGUCACUGGGGGUCGGAGAACUUCAUGUACGUGUACUUCCGUGAUGACAAUAUGGAGCGUUUGGACUUCAGGUCCGGGACGAUUUUGCAGCGCAUUCGCAACGUAUUGAAGAACGGGAUUGACAUUCCCCACGUAAGAGGUGGUCUUAAGUUCCGUUUCCUUGGUUGCUCACUGAGCCAAGUGCGUAACAGCAGCGCAAUCUUCACACGGCUUGAUCAUCACGAAGUUCGCUCGUGGAUUGGAGACCUUUCCCAAUUAACCUCUCCGGCAAAGUAUUUAAAGCGUUUGGGCCAAGCAUUCUCUUCUACAAAGGAGACGUUCGAAGUCAACCAAAGUGUUCUUGACAACCCGGUGGAGGAUAUUGAAAACGAUCAAUACGUCUUUACGGACGGAUGUGGCGAGAUCGCUUUAGUUGGAGCGGAGAAUAUUGUGAGGGAACUUCAGCUCCCUUUUACCCCAUCAGCUUUCCAGAUCCGGCUUGGAGGUGCAAAAGGUGUUUUGGUGGUAUCUGACCUGGGAAGGUCAAACAUCCGUUGUGACGAUGCCGUUGUGCUCCGCAAAAGCAUGUCCAAGUUCACGUCCAACCACAGGGUGCUUGAAAUAGUCGCAUUUGCAGGCAAAUCGGAGGCGUACUUGACUCGCCAGAGUGUUCUGAUCUUGAAUGAUCUCGGGAUAAACGAAGAUGUUUUCAUGGAGAUGCAGGAGGAGUUUUUGAGUGAUCUUCGCUCACUAAUUGCAUCAGAUGACGGAGCAUACUUCGAGCUGAAGGCUGUGCUGCCUCCGAGUGUUAUUUGGUGGAUUGACGUGCUUGUCCGUAAGCUUGAGGUCAAAAUUCUGGCUGACGAAUAUCUGUCGUCGUUGGCAAGAACUAUUUAUCAUUAUCGACUUGCGAACACGGUGAUGCGUGCCAGAAUUCCCAUAGCAAAAGGGCGUACUUUAAUGGGCGUGGCAGAUUUCACUGGGACUUUGGAAUACGGAGAAGUGUUCGUGCAGUAUUCCGAAACUGAUGAGGAGAUUGGAACUGAUAGCUACGUGGUGCUUGAUGACGUUGACGUUGCUGUUCAUCGAAGCCCCUGCCACCACCCCGGCGAUAUUCGAGUUCUUCGUUGCAGAGCAGACGUACCGCCACAGUUACGCCAGCUAAAGGACUGCAUCGUGUUCCCCUCUAAAGGCCCACGGCCGCAUCCUGACGAAUGCACAGGCGGAGAUUUAGAUGGUGACAUGUUCGUUGUUAUUUGGGACAAGCGAUUGAUUCCGUCCAGGACGCAAGUCCACGAACCGAUGGCUUUUGACGAAGACACUGGAGGGGACACCAGUCCCCGAGGAGAGGAAUACCACCAGUCAACGGAUGACGCAGGUUUGGUUGAUUUUUACGUUCACUCCAUCCAGGACGAUAUUCUUGGUAUUGCUUCGAACGCUCACCUUGCGCUUUGCGAUUCAUCGAAUGAUGGAAGCUUCGAUGAAAACGCGAAAAUUUUGGCACGUAUCUGUUCCAAACAAGUUGACAGUCUUCGUGCUGAAAAAGAUCUUGAGAUUGUACGCAACUUAGCGCCCAAGAGUUAUCCGGACUUCAUGCAGAAUAAGGAUAAGCCGUCUUACACGUCGAAGAAAAUCUUGGGCAAGAUGUACCGCCGCUGUAAGGCCAUUUUUGACACGACAAUGACAAAGGGUGUGAGUCAAAUGCCUAUUCGUGACGAUAACUUCCUGGCGUCUGGAUAUACUGACUACGUUAAGCAGGCCAAACUGCUUUAUCGCCAGUACAAGUUGCGACUUCGAGCUUUGUUGCUCAUGUCAGGAGCUCAGACUGAGGCCGAACUCGCGACAGGCAUGAUUGUGGAACCACAGAGCGAAUACAAGGCCGACUAUUUCCGAUUUGGAGAGCAAUGCAAGGACGCAUUCUACGCUCUUCAAGCUGCAUUCCGGUCCCAGUUCGACAGCGACACAUCCACUCUUGCACCUGGCGAGAAGCUCAAGUUAGCUGCUGCUUGUUACUUUGUUACCCACGAAGACUCCGAUGCAAGUACACGCUGUUUAAGCUUCCCGUGGAUCGUGAUCGAUUUGCUGACAACGAUCAAGACCAGCAACGCUGGCAAAACGCAUUACAAGCUGUGGACGCCAGUACGCUUAUCGGGGUAUGCACAAACGAUUCCAAAGCUGCAAUUAUGUAUGUUAGCUGAGAUGCUAACCAAUACGGAAGAGUUGCUCGCGGACUUGUUCGAUCGACUGGUGGCAGUGACUUCGUUACGCUCCGAGAUGCCUGGUAACCUGCAAAAGAAAGAGUUUGAUCUCCUUCUAUUCGGGUCGUCUGGACUACUAACGUUUGAAAAGCAGUCGGACUUGGAUGUGAUGUCGGACUUGGAUGUGAUGGUUUGUUGUACAUCCCCUCGUGGCUCGCUGAAGGCCAUCGCGGAGGCUCUGGAGGGCUCACACAGCAACAUCAAUCUCAAGGACGACAUUCGCGUGCCCCUCUUGUCUUUUUCGUUUCAACAAUGGUCAGUGGAGAUGUGCAAGUUCUCAAGUGGCCCCGUGAAAACUCGUCUCUUUCGCACGUACAUGGAUCGAUACAACUUCUUCUGGCCGUGCGUGUACUUCUUGGUGCGUUGGGGAAAAUGUGUCGGACUGAUUCGACGACGCUCAGGUGGUGGACAGGAUAUGUUUUCACCUACGGGGUUCAUUUGGUUAUUCAUCCGAUUCUGUACGGAGCAGAACUUUGUACAGCCGAUUAGUGCUGGUACCAUCACGGUGAAACAGAUUCUUAAGGACAACGAUAUCGAUUCAGAGAUCUCAUUUUGGACUAAAUUGCUGACUCGAGUGGUGUCUGGAAAUGAGGACGCAUCUGCCCUGUCAGCGGCAGAUGUUCUCCUUUCAUUCUUCUCGCAUUACGCCAAGAUUUCCACUCCAGCCAGUGACUACGGAUUCACUGACCCGCUCGAUCCAGAGAACGACACGCAACUGGAUCCUGAAGCGAUCACAUUGUUCCGGUCUGAGUGCCAUAUCGCUCUUCACCAGUUAAUUAUCGCACAAGGAGACAUCAAGUACUUGCUGACGCAUCGCGAAGAACAGACGAGUCGGAUCACGCUCAGUCAUGCGCUUAGUACACGGAUUCAUGAGGCCAGUGACUUCUUCUCACGGAAAAUCUUGUUCGAAACAAAAGCAGAGGGCUCGACGCGCCUGUUGUUCAAGCUCCACCCGAACUUGCUCCGCUCGGAUUUAUACGUUGCUGAGAUCAUCGGACCUGGCGAUGCGGUGCAACGCAUCGAAGAGUAUAUACGCAGGAUUGAGCAGGAACUUGGUGCACGAAUGCCUUUCCGUUCGAAUCGGAAUUUCCACCACGAAGGUUCAAGUUUGUUGCUGUUCGAGGGAGCAGAGUCGCAGCAAGAGAAAAUUGGCUUCCAAGGUUAUUUCGGCGAGCGUCAUGGUGAACACAACAAUAUUCAGCUGCACCAAGCGCACUUGAUUUGCUUCAUGAAUGGGCGCCAGUGGUACGAGCAUGCAGCAGCUACAUUUUGUGCCAAGUUUAUCCAGCAAAUGAUCAAGCUGUCGCGAUAUGAACAUCUCAAUCCUGGAGUCGCCAAGGCAAAAGCGUUUGUGCGUUUUGGACACCAUUAUCUGAUCAACUUGCCGCGUUCAUUCGACGAGGAGACGAUCAUGCUAGCGAGUAUCAAGAAGCUGGAAGACGAGUUCGAACGCGGUCGAACUGCGCGCGAGCUGUACGAGUCAGUUCUGAUUGCGAAGCAAAAGCAAAGGGCACAAGUAGAAGCCAACCAAGAUGCUGUUCUACCGGAAGCUGACAACCAAAAUGAAGAGGUGGAAUGGGGGGAGUAUUCGGAUGAGAACCAGGAGGGAUGGGGUGGCGAGGACGACGACCGGGAAGUGUAUGACGAUGACUUUGGUGGUGGUGGUGGGGGAUCAAAGCGGCGGCCACGUCGACCACGAAUGACGUUCCAGAAAGCUGCUACUGUCGCCCGAGGUGAUAAGGGAGCCACGCAUUCAUUUUACUCGAUGAUUGAGCCGCAGUAUGCGCCGUGGACGAAGGAGUACGCUGAAAAACGUCUGGGCAUGACAUUGGUUGAAGAAUCCGAUUCAUACCAAGUAUCCAUUGUGCAUCAGUCGUUUGAGUACAACAUUCGACUAACGAAUGAUUUACAACUAGUAAAGAUAUCGACGCGCCCGUCACGUUGGUUUAGCGCUACUUUGAAAAUGCGGCAAGAAAUGGACGAUGAAAGCCACAUGAUGGACUCGACGCCGGACGUUCGGUUUUACGUGUCGACCACGGAGGAUAUGCCCAAGACCGACAGUCUAUAUGUGAAGCUGGCUAAGUGUUGCGAGAAUGCACCCGACGGCCGAGGCGUCAUUGAGUUUUGCGACGAGACUCGCGGCAAGGUGCGCAUUAGUCGUCAUUUGGUGGAUGCUGGCGAGUCGCCUGCGUGUAUCGGCACAGUUCGACAUGUACGCGGUGCUAAGUACUCCAGUUCAGAAUCGGAAACGCAACUAUCGUUGAUGCACAUCCGCGAGUUUACCAUCCCCGACCGAGACCCAGAGGAUGGGUUUAUGAGUGUUCGUGAUAAGGUUGAGGCAGAGUUUUCGCUUCCAACGUUGACACCAGAGCGGCGACUGUUACCAGCUUUUGCACGUCAAUUCUUGGCUACAGGAAUGGAGUUCGUGGACUUCUUACGCACUCAAGCAGACAUGGAGAUGCCAUGAUAUUGUUGUGAUGAACAAAGUACUUAGGUACAUGAUGAGUGACAUACUUUGGAUUGAAGUCGUAUAUGUUCAAUUUCCUUGCGUCUAGUUUAUACUAAUC